AUGCAGGCGCGCUACUCCGUGUCCGACCCCAACGCCUUGGGAGUGGUGCCCUACUUGAGCGAGCAAAAUUACUACCGGGCGGCGGGCGGCUACGGCGGCAUGGCCAGCCCCAUGGGCGUCUACUCCGGCCCCCCGGAGCAGUACGGCGCGGGCAUGGGCCGCUCCUACGCGCCCUACCACCACCACCAGCCCGCGGCGCCCAAGGACCUCGUCAAGCCGCCCUACAGCUACAUCGCGCUCAUCACUAUGGCCAUCCAGAACGCGCCCGAGAAGAAGAUCACGCUGAACGGCAUCUACCAGUUCAUCAUGGACCGCUUCCCCUUCUACCGCGAGAACAAGCAGGGCUGGCAAAACAGCAUCCGCCACAACCUGUCGCUCAACGAGUGCUUCGUCAAGGUGCCCCGCGACGACAAGAAGCCGGGCAAGGGCAGCUACUGGACGCUGGACCCGGACUCCUACAACAUGUUCGAGAACGGCAGCUUCCUGCGGCGCCGCCGGCGCUUCAAGAAAAAGGACGUGCCCAAGGACAAGGAGGAGCGGGCCCACCUCAAGGAGCCGCCCCCGGCCGCGGCCAAGGGCGCCCCGGCCGGGCCCCCUCUAGCGGACGCCCCCAAGGACGUCGAGAAGAAGCUGGUGAUCAAGACCGAGGCGGCGUCGCCCGCGCUGCCGGCCAUCACCAAGGUGGAGACGCUGAGCCCCGAGAGCGCGCUGCAGGGCAGUCCGCGCAGCGCGGCCUCCACGCCCGCCGGCUCCCCCGACGGCUCGCUGCCCGAGCACCACGCCGGCGCGCCCAACGGGCUGCCCGGCUUCAGCGUGGAGAACAUCAUGACGCUGCGAACGUCGCCGCCGGGCGGCGAGCUGAGCCCCGCGUCCGGGCGCGCGGGCCUGGUGGUGCCGCCGCUGGCGCUGUCGUACGCGGCCGCGCCGCCCGCCGCCUACGGCCAGCCGUGCGCGCAGGGCCUGGAGGCCGGGGGCGCGGGGGGCUACCAGUGCAGCAUGCGCGCCAUGAGCCUGUACACCGGGGCCGAGCGGCCCGCGCACAUGUGCGUCCCGCCCGCGCUGGACGAGGCCCUCUCGGACCACCCGGGCGGCCCCACGUCGCCCCUGAGCGCCCUCAACCUCGCCGCAGGCCAGGAGGGCGCGCUCGCCGCCGCCGCCGCCGCGGGCCACCACCACCACCAGCACCACGGCCACCACCACCCGCAGGCGCCGCCGCCCCCGCCGGCGCCCCAGCCCCAGCCGGCGCCCCAGCCCGGGGGCGCGGCCGCCGCCGCCGCCGCCGCCGCCGCCGCCGCGGCCCAGGCGGCCUCCUGGUAUCUCAACCACAGCGGGGACCUGAACCACCUCCCGGGCCACACGUUCGCGGCCCAGCAGCAGACUUUCCCCAACGUCCGGGAGAUGUUCAACUCCCACCGGCUGGGGGUGGAGAACGCGGCCCUCGGGGAACCGCAGGUCGGCACCAACGCGAGCUGUCAGCUGCCCUACAGAUCCACGCCGGCGCUCUACCGCCACGCCGCCCCCUAUUCCUACGACUGCACGAAAUACUGACCUGCCUGGCCCGCUCCGGCUUCGCCUCCCACACCCGGGCCUCUCGGGCAGUCCAGGCGCGCAGAAAGAACCCAAAAAUAUGCCCACCAGCUUUUUUUUUCUCAGACUCAGGAGCAGAGAGAGCUCGCGCCCGGCCUCAGUCCUCUGUGAAGCUUCAGGUAACUUUAAUUCGCUGCCCCGUUUCCGAGGUCCUAAAAGAACCCCCCCCCACAAGGGACGCGGCCCGGCGAAAUGAAUAUUGAGUUUUAAGCCCCCCUCCCCUCCUUCCAGGAUGGUUGUGUUGAAUGCUGCAGCUGGGGUUUAAAAAAAAAUUAAGUUACGGACCACAUCCCAGAGCGACCCGGUAAUGACUCUCUCUGUAGAGACCCCCAUAGGUCUACGGGGGGGGGGGGGUCUCUAUAGAUUACGUCUGUGCUGUGUGUAAUUUUAAAUUUCUCUAACCGUGCUGUACAAAUGUGUGCAUUUGUAAUCAGGCUAUUUUGUUGUUGUUGUUCAGAGCCAUUAAUAUAAUAUUUAAAGUUGAGUUCACUGGAUAAGUUUUCAUCUUGCCCAACCAUUUCUAACUCCCGAAAGGAAAAUUUAAGAAACCUACGUGGGUUUUUUUUUUUUUAACGCCCUGUACACUUAUGAGGCAUAAUUCUUUUCCCGGUGGUAGGUCUUUUACAAAACAAGGAAAUAAUUUAUUUUGUUGUUGUUGUUGGCGGAUAAAGAAGUCAAGUAUCUGAUACUUUUUAUUUACAGAGUGUGAUGGUUUUGUAUAGUAGAUUCCUCCCUGAGCAUUCCUAAAAGAAAAAAAAAAAACUUUAAAAAUUUAACUUCACCUGUGUUUGUCUUAUGUGGUGUUAAUUGUUGUACUUACCUUAAAAUAAACCCAUGUUGUUUUU